AUGAACGCCAUCACCAGGCAGAUAAGCGUGGAGCGGCAGAUUGCGGGAGCCGCGGAUCGCAUUGGCAGUAGCAGCGGCGCGAGCAAGAAGAUUGGUAGCAGCAGCGGCAGGAGCCAGGCCAAGAAGUACAAAGAAACCAUCAUGGCCAGGAUAAAAGAGCUAGAUAGUACUCUGAAUACUCUGCGCGAGACUCAGGGAGUAUGCUCGCAGCGGUACAGUCUGCACUUGGUGUCGUACGCGUGUCAUAAUGCCACAGAUCACACGAGCGUGGGCUCUGUGGAGGGGUUGACUACCGGCACAACGGUUGGCAAUGGGGCUGUGGGUGUGCCAGGGCAAGGGAAGGCACGCCCGAGCCCUAAUGACGGGGAUGUGGAGAGUGAGGCUUUUGGUCAGAACUCGGGGCUGUCUGUACGCACGGUGUUCUUCCCCACACAGAUGGCCCGAGACGAAGUGCUGGAGCAGCUACUACCGGCAGUAACUCGGCAGAGUAUGUGUACAAUGGAGAGCCUGAACCAGUACUUGAACCAGGCCGAGGAACGGGAUACGGGUAAUGAGGCACCGCAUACACCCGAGUUCAUGAGUGCUGUAAGCAGGCUGAGCUGGCUAGAUGUGGAUGAUACCGCCAAGAGGGGUAUAUACAGCUUUACCAAGAAGGGCUCCAAGCGUAUGGUGCGUCGAGACUAUGUGAUCUGCUGCCAACGGCCCAGCGAACCUCCAGACGCUUCGUUGUCGAUGUCUUCGUUCGACACCAACAGCCAAUGGGGUGCAUCUUGGUCCUCAUUAGCUGAGCCUAGUCUGAUCACGCUGGGAAAGCCCUCGCCGUUGAUAGUCAAGCGCGGGUCUAUGUCCUCGGCCACGUCAAUGCUGCUUCACCAUAAGCAAAGCGCCAUCAUUGAUAGUCCAUCGUUGGGUCUAUAUCAUUGA